AUGAGCAGCAACAGCAGUGCCAAAGUUUUAGUUUUCAUUCUGCAGUCUUGUGAACAUCUGAACAUCUCAACCAUGAUAGCCGAAGACCUGGUGUUUGUCUCACAGGAUGAGUUCAUCUGCUCGGUGUGUCUGGACCCCUUGACUGACCCCAUUACCAUCCCCUGUGGUCACAGUUUCUGCUUGCAGUGCCUCGGUGACUACUGGGAUCAAAGACAAGAGUGCAGAUGUCCUCAGUGUGCUACAACCUUCACCACGAGGCCCGAGCUGCACAUAAACACGGUGCUGAAUGAAGUGGUCAAGAAGAUCAAGAAGCCUCUUCUCAGUCCCCUUGUGUCUCCAAACUACACUGACCCUGAAUACGUAGAGUGUGACGCCUGUACGGGGAGGAAGUCUAGAGCAGCAAAGUCCUGUCUGACCUGCAAGAUCUCCUACUGUCAUCCUCACCUGCAGCCCCACUUUGAAAUAGAGGCCUGGAAGGACCACAAGCUGACCAAUCCUGAUGCAAAUCUGAAGGAGAAGAUCUGUUCGAAACAUCACCAGAGUCUGGACAUGUUCUGUAAAACUGAUGACAUGUGCAUCUGUAUGAUAUGCGUGGUCAAUGAACACAAUGGGCAUACAAUGGUGGAGCUGGAGCCAGAAACAGAAGAAAAGCAGAAACAGCUGGGGGAGACACUGAGGGAAAUCAGGAGGAGAGUCCAGAAGAGUAAGAAGAAGCAAAAUAAGAUGAGGAGGGCGGUGGAGCAGUUGAGGAUCUCUAUGGAAAAUGAAGUGGACGAACAUGAGAAAAGCUUAACUGAUCUGAUUUGCUGCAUUGAAGAAACCCGAAGGAAACUGAUGGAGAGGUUCAGAGAACGAGAAAGGAUGGAAAUGGAGAAGGUUCAAGAAGUCAUGGAGAAACUGGAUGAGGAGAUUGAGGAGCUGGAGUGGAAAGAUGCUGAGCUGAGGGAGCUGAUGGAGACUAAAGAUCAAAUCUGUUUCCUGCAGAACUUCUCAUCUCGCUGUGUCCUUCCUGCUGAAGGAGACACGUUCAGCUUCGAUGUCUCUGUGAACUUCUCUUCUGAGGACCUGAGAAAGGAGCUGUCAUGUAUGAAGAAGAGUCUGGAGAAGAUCAGCCAGUGGGGCAUCAUGACAUUGACGUCAGACUUCUGUCCACUCACACUGGACAUCAACACCGCAAACAGACACCUCCAUCUGUCUGAAGGGAACAAGAAGGUGACACGCAAGGAGACCAAGAUCAAAUAUCCCGAUCAUCCUGAUAGAUUUGAGUGGUGUCCUCAAGUUCUGUGCAGAGAGGCUCUGACUGGGACUCGCUGCUACUGGGAAGUGGAGUGCAGUGGAUGUUGCAUGAGGAUAGGAGUUGCCUAUGAAGGACUGGGCAGGAAUGAAUGCUACUGGCCGUGUGGCCUUGGAGAGAAUGAGGAGUCCUGA